AUGGCCGAGUUUGCCGCCGCUCCCUGGGUCCAUGGCUCAGGUACCAUGACUCCAUCACGCCUACGUUCCUUGUCCCCCAUGCCCACGAGGAAAGAAGUCACCCGAUCCAUAUCUGUACCCCAACUCGCCCAAGCCGCUCAGCCGCCGUCGCAAUCAGAGAGCGAUGGUAUGAACACUAUUCCCGACCCGCGCGCAGCUACCCGACCUCCUCUAUCACGAAACGAUACGUCAGACUCGCAUCCAGACUUCAGCCAGGAAGUGUCUACGCUCAGCACGAAGCUCAUCAACGCCAUCAAUCACUCGACCAUGUUGGACGAUUCGCUGCAACAGACUAGGCACGAGUUGGAGGCCGCAAGGGAACACCUCGUGCGGUUAGAAAAUCAGGUCAGGGAGCAUGAAGCCAAACUUUCGAGAGGUCUUCUUGUAGAAAAGGUCGUGUACGACAAGAUGGAGAGGCAAAUGUCGAGCGAACUGCAAGAGGAACGGAAGCGUAGGGCCGACGCAGAGAAGGCCAAGCGGAAGACGGACAGCGAAGUCGAAGCGCUGACGGCUGCCUUGUUCGAGGAGGCCAACGUCAUGGUUUCCUCUGCGCGGAAAGAGACGGAAGCUUCUGAAAAGCGUAGCGAGCAGCUCAAGCAACAGCUGGGCGACGCCGAAGUGCUACAGCAUUCCCUGCAGGAGCAAUUACAGGACCUCAAAAGCGUUGUGGAGAAGAUGAGCCAGCACAGCGACGACAACGAAAGCAACACCCUUGCCACGACGACUGCGCCCUCGACUCCUGGCCUCACACCCGGAGACAAGAUGAGCAAGUUGUUCGAGGCUAUGAAUCUGACGCCUAAUACGCCGGGAACCGACGAGAUCAGCCCUGAUCAUCCGCUCCAUUUCUCUCACCUCAUCCAUCCUGUCUUACGGGAUGACCUUGCCACUUUCAAAGAGUUCCAGGAUAUGCUCAAAAUCAAUACCCGAGCUUCUGCACCAUCCAGUCGUGCAUCCAGCGGCAACUACGGGGGUCUCAACGUACUUGGCCUUGGAUCGCUAACAAACAGCUCAACUACCUCUUUGCCAUCAUCUAUCAAAUCGCCCACGUCGAUCGGAAACAUCUCACCCCAAUCAGUCACCAGUGUCUUUGUGCCAAAUCUCAAAGAUGAGAAGUUCUACAAGCGCGCUCUGACCGAGGAUAUCGAACCGACUCUACGUCUCGACAUAGCACCCGGCCUAUCCUGGAUGGCCCGCCGCACCGUGCUAAAUAGCAUCACCGCCGGUUCGCUAGUCGUCGAGCCCAACCCAGCGCCUACCUCCAGAUUCCGUGUUCCCAUUUUCCCCUGCUCACUAUGCGGUGAAACCAGGAAAGGCGACCAAUACGCGCGGAAAUACAGAUUCAAGCCCGCUGACACCGAGGAAUCACAGCGCUACCCGCUUUGCGAUUGGUGCUUGGGAAGGGUUCGAGCGACGUGCGACUACAUUGGUUUCUUGCGCAUGGUAGCAGCAGGGCACUGGCGAGCGGAGACGGAAGAAGAAAAGAAGACGGCGUGGGAGGAGAGCGUAAAACUUCGCGAACGCAUGUUCUGGACAAGAAUUGGAGGAGGUGUGGUGCCGAGCUUUAUGCCCUUGAGGGAUAGUCCGAGCCCGACAUUUUCGGACGGAGUAGGCAAAGAUGAGAGGACGAAUGAGGAGAUUGAGGCUGCUAUGGUGCCGAGGGAUGUCACGUUAUCAAUUCAUGGACCAGUAGUGGACAAGGAGAGAAAGAGUGAAGAUGAUCCGUUCCAGACCAAGGGCGAGGAUGCUGUGAAACGCGUAUCCAUCGGGAAGACGGUCAUCUCCACCAACAUCCCGAAUGAGACGAUAUUCGAUUCACAGGCCGAAGCACAACUCCAAGACGAAGCCCGGAAGAGCCUGGAUACGAAACGAGUUACUGAGAAACCAACACUCCAGCGGCAGCGAUCCAUGUCAAACCCGCCUGCGCUUUCGGUGAGGAAGAGGGACGAGAGGCUGAGCUUGAAAAUCCCAGGGUCGAUGCCGGGGGCUUUUGAGUGA